AUGCCUUCGAAUAAUCACUCUCAAUAUCCCCCAUCUCCUACAAGUGCAGAAGAGUUGGACCCGUACCAGAACUUGCCAGAUCCCAAUGCUGAACCGGUUGGCAUUGAAGAAUGGGAAGAAUGGCAGCAGGAGCAGGACGAAUCGGUCAAGGACUACUACGCACUGCUGGGGGUUUCUCGCGAUGCAACGCCGAACCAAAUCCGCAGUGCCUACCGCGCUCUUUCACUUCGCUUUCACCCAGACAAGCAACCAGCUGAGCAACGGGAACGCACGACAUCACAUUUUAACAAUAUAUUGAUUGCCUACGAAACUCUUAUGAAUCCGCACAAACGAGCCAUCUACGACGAACUAGGGGUCGAUGGGUUGAAGCAGAAGUUCUUUGAGGUCGGUGUCAAGACCAUGGAUCCGGAUGAGUUCAAGAUCUGGCUACAAGAGCAGAUCCGAAAGCAGAAGGUAGAAAACGUUAUGAGUCUUGUCAACAGCCGGGGAGAUGUCGUUAUCGCUCUUGAUGUGUCUGGUGCGGGAUUGAAGAAGAUCGUAAGGACUCGAGAGAGCGGUGAGAAGGAAGUUGAGUAUAGGCUCAUUACGCCAGUGAGGUUGACGAAAUAUGUCGUCAAGCAUUCCUUCACAUUGCCGUUGGAUGGCUUGGGAGAAUUGCUUACAACCCCAUUCAAUUCCUCUCUCACAGCCCCGCCUGAAAAGAACGAACCGCAAAUGAAACACGUCCCGAGCUUAAGUCUCACAGCAUCCUUGGGUGGUAUUCCUGUUCAGACAGAGAAUAAAGGUUGGACAUAUCUAUCUUCUCCAGGUCUUUCCGUGCAGAUUGGACACUCGUUCCCGUCGCUACCCCCCAAGUCGCCAUUAUCAAUCGCUUCAAUUCUCGCUGGCUUGGAUUUCGAAAUAGCUUCAACAAUAUUUCCUCAACGUGUGGUUUCCACGUCAGUCUCAAAAAGCUUCGGUGCAUCCAGACUCGUCCUCAAGCCGACAUUUAACUCGUCUCCACUUCUCAAACCCCCAAACAUCGAGGCCACAUAUGUUAGCUCCAUUGGUAAACGCAGUUCCUUCUUCAUGCAAUAUAACACGGGUUUAACAGGGAAAUGGCCCUUGGCGUUGUCUCAAAUCUUUUCCAGCCCACCACCUAGUAGUCACUUCACUAUCGGAUGGGUAGCAAUGCCUAUUGGCGAGUCUCCUGUGGUAGAAGAUGUCAACGAUGAAAACUACGUCCCCACCCACAGGCCGAAUAGAUCGAAAUCAACGGAAACGUGGAGGAUAACAGCGACUGCCUGUCCUUCUAUUGGAUUUGGUGGCCAGUUGGGACUCUCGUGGGGCCGAACCUAUUUUGUCGGUACACCCAUUGGCCCUUCCAGCUCAAAAAAUCCUAAAGUUAAGAAAUCAAGGGAGGGGAUUAGAAUAAGCGUGGAUGCGACUGUUGUCACAGUCACCGCGCUGGUAGUCAAAAUUAAGGCUACUAGGAAGAUCUUUACACAUACCAGGAUGGGGGCAGGAAUUGGGAUCUCUGCUGGUGGGGUCAUAUUCACAUUAGACUGGUCAAGAUUAGGGCAAAAAAUCUCUAUCCCUAUAGGGAUUGCUUCUACAUCAGGGCCGUCGGUUCUAUACGGGACUCUUGCGCCGUUCUUGGGAUAUGCGCUGCUCGAAUGGGUUUACCUAAGGCCCAGAGAGCGCAAAUUGUGGAAGAAGGAAGUUGAGCAGAAGAAGAGACAGUUGAUGGUCAAAGUCGUUAAAAACAGGAGGAGGGCAGAUGAGUUAGUGGGUCUGAUGAGUGAUUACGUUAAGCACAGUCAGCAAAAAGGGUUGGAGCGCGGUGGAUUAGUGAUUCUUGAGGCUAGAUACGGAAUCAAUGGGAAGGCUGGAGAAUGGGUUGAUGUGACAAUUCCAUUGGCUGGAUUGAUUGAGGAUGAACAGCUGGUUCUUCCGAGAGGGUUGAACAAAAGUCACCUUGCUGGCUUUUAUGACCCGGCUCCAGGUGAAAAGAAGGAGCUUUGGGUUAAAUACCUCUUCAAGGGCAAAAGACACGAAAUCACCGUUAGGAAUAACCGUGGUCUUGCGAUACCCAUGAAGGCGCAUCUCGUUGAAUAA